AUGGCAGAUGAUGAUAUAUUGAAUAUACAAAUUUUCAUUCCUGAACUUCAUAUUCAGAAAUGUUUGGUUGUGAAUCAUGAUGAGAAAGUUUGGAAAAUCAAAGGAAGACUUGUCCAAUCGCUUCAGAAUAAGCUACCUCAAUCAUUCAACUACGGCUUAUUUCUGCCACCUUGCGAUGGCCGUGCUGGUAAAUUUCUACUGGAAGAUCGUCCGAUACGUGAAUAUCCAUUUCAUGAUUGCGUCCCUUAUCUUGAGCUCAAAUACAAAAAGCGGGUCUACAAAAUGUUGAAUAUUGACGAAAAGCAAUUGGAGAAAUUACAUACUAAGUCAAACUUGAAAAAAUUCAUGAAUUACAUAGCUCUUGGACAGCUAAAAAAGGUGGAAGAAAUGUGCAGUGCAGGAUUUGAUCCGAAUUUUCAUGAUAAUGAAGGAAAGACACCAUUAACAAUGGUAUGCUCAUUACCACAAAAUGAAAAUUUUAUUAAAACGCUGGUAGAACAUGGAGCUCAUGUCGAUUUUCGAAAUAGUGAUGGACAGACAGCAAUGCAUAAAGCAGCAUAUUGGUCGUUAGCGGAAAAUGUGAACUGUUUGUUAGAACUUGGCGCAUCACCAAACUAUCGUGAUCCACUUGGCUUGACACCACUCUACUACAACAUGCUGCAAAGUAGUUCGAAAUCAUCGGUAGCUCAAAUGUUACUUUAUAAUUAUUCAGAUAUUGAUGUAACUGAUUUGGAUGGAAAUCAUGAAAUACAUCAGGCAUGCAAAAAUGGUUUGGUACAACAUGUAGAUUAUUUGAUAUAUUAUGGAGCUGAAAUUAAUGCUCAGAAUAUUAAUGGGAAUACACCGCUUCACGUUUGCGCCAUCCAUAAUAAGCCUAAUUGCGCACGUUUAUUGUUAUUUCGUGGUGCUAAUCCGACAGCUAUCAAUAAGCAAAGUCAAACACCAUUGGAUGUAGCACAAAUUCUUGGCUCUCAUGAAGUAACGAAAGUUAUUUUGAACCACGAUCCUAUGACUACUGUACCUUAUAACAUAAAACCGACCUUCAACCCUAGAAGGCGCUCAUCAAUGCUACCACCCAGUCAACGAUCCUCAAGUCAAGCAUCACUUUGUAGCAAUGAAUAUCGAUCUGUGAUACCAGCCAGUCCAACACCAAGUCAUAUGUCAAUAUCCAGCUAUAAAACAUGUCCAGAUGUUGGUGGUGGAUACGGUACUAUGAGACGAUAUCCGGCUUACCCACUGCUCAACAUGAAUGGUUUUGAGGUGAAUAUACCACGUACCGUUGUAAUACCACGAAAUAGUAAGGGCGGCUUUGGAUUUGUUUUACGCGGUGCCACAAAAGCUGGAAAUUUCAUUCCAACAUUAUGCAAUCCAGCAUUGCAAAAAUUCGAAGGGAUUGAUCUGCAAGGAAUGGCUAUGAAAGCUGGCCUAAGGCCCGGUGAUUUCUUGCUUCAGGUGAACGAUAUUGAUGUGCGCAAAACACCUCAUGAUCAAGUUCACAAAUUAAUACAAUCAUCGGGAGAUACUGUAACAUUAAAGGUGAUUACUGUUGAUCCUUGUUCAUUCAAUUUUCGACCUGUUCAUACGAUGCCGGUGAAUAUUUCUCGUACGGUUCGAGAAUAUCGUCCAUCAACGUUAUCACAGAACAAAAGCGACAUCAGGUAUUCGUUGCCAUAUCGAAAUCGUCGUCUUACAGAUUUUCGCUUUAACGGUAAUAUAGGUGAUAUGUACGGCUAUGGUAGUAGUAUGUUACCCAUACACUCUGCUAAAUCGGUAGAAGCGCUAAAUCAAAGUAAUUAUGAGCGUUUUGCAUCUGUAAAACAACGAAUCAACGGUUCCAAACGUAUUUCAAUGGAAGAAUUGGAACGGUUGAUGGAACGACAGGGUCAGGGUACUUCACAAUUUCAACCCAUUCCUAUACAUGAGGAUUCAUUACCAAACGGAAGUGGUUUGAAGUUCAGUUCGGUGAACGAUCUAAAACGUUAUAAGAAAGGUGGCUUGCAUCGAACCGCUUUACCACCAGUAAUUGCUAAUGAUCACUGUGCCCCCUCAGUAAUGCAAACUUUUAAUUCUUCACCGGAUUUGCCUCGAUCAGUGGAUGAUGAACCGUUUUCACUGAUUUCUUUUAAUGGAAAAGUUGGUCAUCAUGGUUCGACCACUUCAGACUAUUUACGACCUUUUAGGCCCGUUGAUCGGCCUAAAACACCACCACCUCCACCACCUCUUGAUAACUUUACAGCGUCGUCCUCAAAUGAUAGUAAUACUUUGACGAAUAGCAUGCCUCCGACACUAUCAACAUCGUCCAUGUUAAGCACUUCAUCAACAUCUCCGCUUGGAAUCGAAACAGUUCUUUCACCCAUGCCAUCUUCACCUCCGCCUCCACCACCCCCACCUCCACCACCACCACCACCUUUGCCUCAAUCUGCGAAAUCUGUGUCUUUUAAAAAUGAUGCUAAACAUGAAGAAUCUCAGUCGAAAGAAACGGGAACACCUGCUAUCAGUUCUCCAACAAUUAGUAAUGAAGUGUUAUCAACGGUAAAACUGAAACCUACCAUACGACGUGAACCAGCUAACUAUUGCGCAACUGUACCACGUGGAUUUGAUUCUGAUUUACGUAAUGCAUUAGCAAAAAGGAGAGGCAAGGUAGCUCAAAAUAGCAACAAUGAUGCAUCUAAAAAAGUUGUUUUCUUGUUGGAAAAUCCUCCUGUGGCUACAGUUAUCAGCAGCUACGGUGGAUUAAGUUUGUGUGAAUCAGUUCGACAAAAUGUGCCAAAUUCAACAAAAUGGGAAAUUACGAAAUCAGAGCAUUCUCCAACAAGCAUUGCAUCGAAAAAAGAUAGCGGCUACACAUCAUCACGUACUUCGCUUGAACCAUCAGAAUGUGGUGAAGAUAUGGGAUCAGUAGAUGGUGCUACCCUAAUCACGAUACCGGGAUCUGUGAAACCAACCACUAAUGUAUCUGUUGCCAAUUCAGCAUGUCAUGUUUCAUUGAUUAGUAAUCAAUUUGAGGAAAGCUGCUGCCCAACGUAUACCACAAGAAGCAAUAGUUUACAGCAAGUACCACUACCACCGCCACCACCAUCUUCGUUGCCACCUGCACCUGGUCAACAGCGAGCGCAAAUUGUCAGUGAUAAUGAUUCGACGAGCUUGAACUCCACGCUGUCGACAUUGAGCGGACAGUCAUCAUCGGAUCGUCAACAACGUUCAUUUUCCACUACCCUGUUGUCCUCAACAUCUCACAGCAAAUCCUCAGUAACUUCACCGGCUGAUUGCAACGAUGAUGAUCCGGAUAGCGGUACCGGAGAUUCAGAUAACGAAGCUACGGUUGAAACCAGUAAUCACACAAAUUCGUCUAUGAUAAACAAUUUUUCCGAUAAACAAGUUGCACAUUGGACAACUGAUGAUAUUGUUGCAUGGCUAAAAACAUUGGGUCUUUCGGAAUAUUCUCGGAAAUUUCGACAGUUUCAAAUUAAUGGCGCCCAUUUGUUAUCUUUUGAUCGAUCAUUAUUAACGCAACUCGGUGUCACACGAAUCGGUCAUCGGCAAUUGAUCGAACGGUCGCUGAAAAAUUUGAUGGAGCAAUGA